AUGAAUAUCCUACACUCUACACUGUCAACCUGGCGGGAUCGCCUGGCCCCAGUAUCACGCACCUCCACCUUCCGCAACACCGGCCAAAUCACCCCAGAGGAGUUUGUUCUCGCCGGAGAUUAUCUGGUCUACAAGUUCCCCACAUGGUCAUGGGCCGACGCAUCAAGUCCGGCAAAACGUGUAUCCUACCUUCCAGACGGCAAGCAGUUCUUGGUUACUCGCGGAGUACCGUGUCAUCGGAGACUGAAUGACAACUUUGCCGGAGAUGCAGGGCUCGAGGAUGAGAUCGUGAGGGAUUUCCUCUCGGGCGGUGAUGGCGGUGAAGGCAGAGCAGCUGACGAUGGGGAGGAUGGGUGGUUGCGGACUGGGGGUGGCCGCGACGCUGGGGCGGACCAUGAUAAGCAAGAAGCUCGGAUUCGUGACGUGCGAACCGUCGAUGAAUCCGGAAAUCUGGGCGAGCAGGAGGAGGAUGAUGAUAUCCCCGAUAUGGAGGAUGAAGACGAUGAUGAGGAAGCCAUCAUCCGAGAGACAGAUGAUCACUCAGGGACGCCAUCUCUCCGCACUUAUACCCUUUACAUUACCUACUCGAACUUCUACCGCACGCCCCGCCUGUACCUUUCCGGCUAUUUGUCGCCAUCGGAACCGCUUCCACCACAUCUGAUGAUGGAGGAUAUCGUCGGCGACUACAAAGACAAGACCGUGACGUUAGAGGACUUCCCAUGGUUCGAGGGCAGCGUCAAGAUGGCCAGUGUACACCCAUGCCGCCACGCCUCUGUGAUGAAGACACUUUUGGAUCGUGCCGAUGCCGCACUCAAGCUGCGCCGCGACAAGCUCAAGCAGACGCAGUCGCGAGAGGAAGCGGACCGUGUUCUUCGGGCAGGCGGCGGAUUGGAAGGCCUGGUGGAUGAGACGAAGAAUAUGUCACUUGGGGACUCCCACCACGCACAGCCUGGCGGAGACGAGUGGGAAAUGCUGCAACGUGAUGAGGAAGAACAGGUCGCCAUCCGGGUAGACCAGUACCUAGUUGUGUUCCUCAAGUUCAUUGCCAGUGUGACGCCGGGCAUUGAGCACGACUUUACGAUGGGGGUAUAA